AUGUAUGGUUUCAACGUUACCAAGGCUCCUGAUGGCCGUGACAACCGUCCAGUGGCUCCCUUGAGGGACCUGGAUUUUAAUCAGUGGUGGAUGCACGGCCAUAUGGAUGCCCCACCAAACAAAGGGGAUGUGUUCCAGCUACCUGCAGGUCAAACCGUUACGACUGAAAUAGCGUGCACUAAAGGGGCAACAUCUUAUUGGGAGUCGGGAGAAGGAGGAGACGUUCGUGAUGGUAACAAUGUUUGCCCUGAGUCGCCCAUGGCCGCAUUUCAUACCAAUGGCAUUAGCGGCCUAGGAGGCUGUGGGUUGGCUAUUGCAUACAAGAACGAUGUUCAUGCUGUAAAGCCCGAAGAUUUUGCCAUUUUUAGCGUAAACCAUCGAUGCGUUGGAACAGAUUCACUAAAUUUGACGUCCCUGAAAAAUUACCUGAAUGUCCUGGAGGAAAAUGUAUUUGUUCUUUCUUCUGGAUUCACAGAGAAGACUCAGGAGGAGAAGAAAGUAUUGUACAUGAAUCCGUUUGAUUGUGCUGUUGCAAACGCUACUUCUACGGCACCCAUUCCACCUCCGCAGGUUCCCCGUUAUUGUCCCGUCGACAAGACAAAUUGUACAGUGGGCGCAAAACAACCAUUUUACUGGCUUCAGAAUGAGGGUAAUAAUAUUUUUACGGACUCGUUUGACCCCCCUACAUACACCGAUGAUUAUGGCUUCAAGCAAGGCGCUCAAAACGAUCUAUGGGACUCUUUGGCCAAAACUACAUCUACUGCAUCAGUGCCUAUCAUAAAAGCAACCAGCGAGAAUACUACGGGUACAGCAUCUGGUUCAAGAGUUGCAGGUGCUUCUAAGGAAGCACCCUCGGACCUUAGCUUCCCAGACAUAGUGGAUCCUGUCGGCUCAAAUGACCCAAACACUACGAUUUCAUCUCUAAACAAUACAGCGAGUGCCUCAUCCGAUAAUAACUCGGUGCAUUCAACAUCUCCGGUUCAACAUCUACUCGCCGGAUCAUCGCGCAAAAUUCGGGGGUGUAACGCUCACCAAGUUUCUGGCCCAGGGAAGCAAAAACGAAGCUACGUGAUUCGUAAAAGGGCCACAAGUAAUGUGAAGAAUGCAUGGUAUUGGUGGUAG